AGCGAUCGAGAGUAUGUGAGAUAUGAGGGGGAGUAAUCAGUAAUACUGAAGAGUGAAGACGCACGUUGUUAAUAUUUUGGCCCUUCUGGCUUCUGCACAAAAGAAAAGCAUUCCGGCGUUUAUUCUCCAGUUAUGGCGAGAAAUUACGGGAUCUCCGUCAACGAAAGAGUGAUAGUUUUCUUGUCUUUCUGCGUAUUGUCUCUCUCAUCGACUACUCUAUCUUACAGGCCAGGGGAUAUCGUUCCCAUGAACAAGAUGGGUCAAUACCACUCGUCGAGAACUGUUUGGCACGAUGUGAUUGGUCGCCAUUGCCCAAUUUUUGCUGUCAAUCGUGAGGUAUUGAUCCCAAUAGGGAAACCUACAGGUUACACUGGCGCUGAUCCCUAUAAAAUAUCUUUCCAAGUUGGCAGGGAGAAAUUUCUUAUUCCGUGGCUCCUUGUAAUAAACCGGAAGAGUCCUGAGGUUCCAAUGAUUGAUGUACAUUUGAGAUACUCUGGAAGUGAUUUACAGGGUGUAACAGCUAAAGUUGUAGACAUGCCACACCAUUAUGUUGAAGUUCAUCCAAACAUACGCAAGCAAUUUUGGGAUCCGGAAUAUUGGCCAAAAUAUGUGCUUGUCAGAUAUACAUGGGAGGAGCACUCAGAUAUAGAUGUCACAGCUGGAUUUUAUGCAUUAUUUGGAUCAGGGCUCUUAUUGUCUUUUAUCCUUGCGAUAUAUGUGUUGCAGUCCUCUCAGGACAAAUUAGCAAGGUUUGUGAGGGAGACUGUUGCAGAGAGCAGCAUUCCUGGGGGAGGCGUGGCCAAGGUUGAGUGAACUAGUGAAGGAACUCUCGGCAUGUCGGAACAUCAGAAACAGAAAGGAAUGCCUCUGUUUUCUCUCUCUCUGGAGGGGGGCUUGGAAUCAGGAUAGGGGAAGGCUUUUGGUCAUUGUAUAUUGUUGAAUUUUGUACGUGAGUCGUGAGGAUUAUUUCUUUCUUAACAAUAUCUUAAUUUGACAAUCCACAUUUCGCUUGCAAAGCUGCAGUUAGUCAUCCGUACUUGUUAUCAUAAUUGGGAAGCUAGGUUUGUGAAGAAUCAUGCAAGAGCAAAUAAUCGAUGGAGGGACUUUUCAAGUCUUCA